UUGCCUCCGCAGAGACGAAGAGAAGGUCAAUUAGUGUAAGCGUCGCCGCCUCCCUCCGUGUAGAGCAGGACGGCACCUGUGCUCCUCACAAGAUAGUAAGCUUGCUUGUACAACCUAACUAUACCUUCGGGGACGAGCCUUAUCACGGUCUAUCAGAAAAGGUGGAGGGCAGAGUGUUGAGGCUGGGAGAGUGGUGGUAGUCUGGGAGGCUCGCACACACCGCUGACAAUGGAGCCGUCUCAGGAUGGUACGUGUUCCGUCUCUGACACCGUCCCGGCCGUGACUGCCCCAGACCACACCCUCACCAAUGGUGACAGCGAAGGGUUGGAGACACGCGUCCGAGUGAGUGGGGUGCCCGUACAUGCGCGCCAGGAGGAGCUCGAGCGCAUCCUUCGCAGUGUGGGCGACGUGGAGAAGUGUGAGAAGUACGCCUCUAGGGAUGGUCACACCCAGGUGGUGCAUGUGACAUAUGAGACCAUGGAUGCAGCGAGGGAGGCAGCCCAGCGACUAAAUGGUUACAAUUUAGAAGGUGGCAUUCUUCGUGUGGACCGCUUAAUGGACCGAAGGCGUGGGCCGAGGGGUGCCAUGGGCGGUGGCCCAAUGAGCGGAGGUCGUAUGGCAGGGCCAGGAACCUCCUCGCCAUCUCAGCGACACACAGACUUUCCUCUUCGUAUCCUUGUUUUGAGCGAGAUGGUUGGAGCUAUAAUUGGCCGUCAAGGGUCCACAAUCAGGACAAUCACACAGCAGACCCGAGCCAGAGUAGAUGUUCACAGAAAGGAUAACGCUGGAUCGCUGGAGAAAGCCAUCACUAUUUAUGGCAACCCUGAGAAUUGCACUAAUGCCUGCAAACGAAUACUAGAGGUUAUGCAAGAGGAAGCUGAUAACACCAACAAGGGGAUUUUGGAAGACUUGCAAGAGGAGGCUGAAAACACAAGCAAGGGAGAGAUUCCCCUGAAGAUUCUUGCUCAUAACAACCUUAUUGGCCGUAUCAUUGGGAAAGGAGGAACUACUAUCAAGAAGAUCAUGGAUGAUACCAGUACCAAGAUUACUGUAUCCAGUAUCAAUGACAUCAACAGCUUCAACUUAGAAAGAAUCAUAACUAUAAAGGGUAACAUUGAAGAUAUAGCUAUGGCAGAGAAUAUGAUAAGUGCCCGCUUAAGGACAAGCUACGAGAGCGACUUGCAGGCCUUCGCUCCACAGAGUGCCAUGUUCCCAGGUUUACAUCCAAUGGCUAUGAUGUCAACGGUUGGGUUUGGUCUUCCGCGUGGUGGUAGUGGCAGUGCUGCUGGCAUGGGCAUGUAUGGAUCCUCGCCAACGUCAUACCCACCGCUCUAUCCAACACCUAUACCUGGCCAACAGGGUUCACAAGGCUCCGAGGUGUGCGAGGAAGUUGCGUUCCUCUACAUCCCCAACUCGGCAGUUGGUGCCAUCAUUGGCACAAAGGGAUCACACAUACGCAACAUAAUUCGGUUUAGUGGAGCAUCUGUGAAGAUAGCACCUUUAGAAGAAGAAGGACGACCCGCAGAACAAACUGAAAGAAAAGUUACCAUUGUAGGAACUCCAGAAGCUCAGUGGAAAGCACAGUUCUUGAUCUUUGAGAAGAUACGCGAAGAAGGUUAUGGUGUUGGAGUUGAGGAUGUGCGGUUAACUGUUGAGAUUGUUGUACCAUCUUCACAGGUUGGACGCAUAAUUGGUAAAGGAGGUCAGAAUGUACGUGAUCUUCAGCGUCAAACUGGUUCAGUAAUCAAGCUUCCCCAACAAGGAUCCACUACUUCAGAAGAAACUACCGUCCACAUCGUAGGCCCUUUCUUUUCUGUACAGUCAGCCCAACGUCGUAUCAGAGCAAUUAUCCAGAUGUCAUCAACCCCUAGCAGUGGGCGUAUUACCCGCGUACCAAUGACACCACGGAUGCAGUGAGGUCAUAGAGAUGACAUCGUAAACAAGUCCUGCCCACAUGCCAGCGUCACGCCCCAAGCAACAUACCAAAGAGACGGAGAUGUUGGAGCUUAGGAUUGACUGUGUGUGUCGGCGGCUUUCCUCACUUGACCUCGCUUGCUUGCUUGUUUUGCCUCUGGAGCCCAGGCUGGUUGACCUGAGCUUGAAACACAUCACAGAUCUCAGGGGGAUUGUCUGAAGUAGAUUAUUUGCAUUAUAGCUGUUGGAUUGAUUUGUGUUCAUGUACUGUACAUGUAGGGUCUUAUUUUGUUCAUUAUAGAAUGUGAUUUUGUUUACAGCAGAUAUGAAAUGCUUCUAGUGAUUGCCUUUCAAGAGACAUUCAGGUAAUACCUUUGUCGUUAUAUAAUGAGUGUGAUGUGCACUUGCACUGGUUGUCACCCAUCCUGGGCCCCAGACACGAGUUGUGACAAAGGUGCAUCAAGUAACAGAGAGCAUUGUGUUGUGUAGUACCCAGGCCACUUGGGCACAUUUGUGUGCAUGUAGGCAUGUGUGUGCAUACGGUAAAUGCACCUGAGGCUCCUGUGUUGAGUUCUGACCCCCUGUGUACACUUGUUGGCUGCACCAGUCAAUUUCGCGGCCAACAAAGACGAGUCAUUGGACACUAACAUAGCCUCUUGGCUUGUGUUGAAGUGGUGUUGUCUCCUCGUCUAGCUAGUGUGGGCACUGUUGAUAUCAGGGCUCCGCUGUUUAGUUAACUAGUACAAAAGUUUGUGGAAUAUAAUGGACCAUUGUUAUAAUAUGGUCUUUUUUUGUACGCAAAGUUAUAGCAAAGUUUAUUUUUGAUACAUUGUUGGAGCAAUUUUUUGUUAAAUUUUUUUUAAAGAAGGAAAAUAUAAUGUAGCAUGGAAAAUGCUAUAUAAAAAAAAAGCCUUGUCAGCACUCUCCACAAACCACCUCUCUCUUCAGGUCAGUAGAUCCUGGACUGACUCAUUUGGGGACUUGACGUGUGUUCAAGUCGCAACAUUCUCCACUACUCCAUAAAGGUUGACACCGUACCACAGUUCGACAAGGAAGUUAAAUAAACUAUUACAGGGGAUCAAAAUUCCAAACUCACAAAACAAAACAAUGUAUGCAAAACAGGAAAUGAUGUAUACUCUAUAAAAUGCCCACUGAUUUUGUAGUACCAUGAACAUUGAAAUACUUCACUCAGGUGACUCUUUAGAAGCUGAUUGGUGCAGCACAGGCAUGCCAUGUGCUGCACCCAUGACUGUGGGGUGGCGGCCCGGGGCGCACCCCACCUCCACCCCACCUGUGCUACCUCACUCCUACGCCAACCUUCAACCCCUAGCAUCUAAGUAAUUCCUCAUUCAUCUUUAAUGCCACAAUUCCUUCUACUGUUUGUGUUGUGUAAAGUUUUUUUUUUAAUGUUGAUAAAGCACCAAGAGAUACUAAUCAAUUCUGCAUUGUACUAAGGGGAAUGGUUGCAAUGUUUGCCUUUAUAAGGUAUGAGAUAUGAUCAGAACAAGAAUUAUUUGAUUAUUAUAUGAAUUCAUAUUGAUUUGGAUCACUGUUCUGUUAAAUACUAAAGAUAUGAUGAAUUUUAUGCAGAAUAAUUAUUUCCAGAUGAUGUGAUCAUGUUGCAUACCCAUUAUGUGUGGUAGACUCUUAGGUGUUUGCAUGAGUGUUAUUGGCUAUAGCUGUAUCUAAUUUUCAGUUAAUCAUUGAGGACUUGCUUGGAUGCUAUGGGGCUGAGACCUACUGCUGAUUGCCCCAUUAAAGAUAUUGGAAGUAUUAAGGAUGCAGUUAAAGGAAACUUGCAUAUGUGAAAAACUGGCUAAAUUGUGACUAUUGGUACGGCAGCAUUCUUACCGACUGUACGAAUGUUUGCUACAUCACGCUGUUUACACUUCCUGGUUACUGUUCAGUGACCAGUUAGCCUAAGAGGGAGUUACACCUGAUGGUGUACAAUAUCCCGCAGCAGUCAUUAGAAAUACUGGGUUGACAGAACCACAAGUGAACAUGUCUUAAGUUGCCUGCACUGUGCCCUUUCCCUUCCGUGCCUUCAGUGUUGGGCAGUAAGAAGGCCAGAAUUCUAAAACUUAACUUGAAAUCAGCUAAAGUUUAUUACAUAGAUUGGCUUUGAAAUGUGAUUGGCUGUGUUAAUUGUAAAUGUUGUUAGAACAAAUUAUUGGUUUACUACUAUCCUCUCCAAUACUGGUUUUAAGUUAGGUUUGAAGAUGCUGGCCAAAGCCUCGGCAGAUUAAUGUUGGUUGUAGGUGCGUUCCAUGUAGACGCUCUGUUUGAUUAUGGUUAUGAAAAAAUUCUAUUCUGCCUGUAUUCCCAAUAGACUGUAUGAUAUGAUUGGUGAUUAUGAUAUUUAAAUAUUGCAUCAGUAAGAAUCAAUUACUUAUUGCAACAGAAAUUUGAAGUCAUUUUGAAGUACUGUACUACCAUACUGUAUAUUUCAUUCAAAAUCGCCAAUGGUACCACAUUUGUCGUCUGAUUAUGAACAGCACUUGGUUUUGCGCUAGUGUAUGUAACAGUUUCCUCGCUGGAGAACCUUUCAGAUGACACAUUUUGAGCCCCUUUGCCUGAAUGCUAGUAGAAAAAUAUGGCAAGAUAUAAAAGUCUUAUACCAACCUGGUAAUCUGGAAAUUAUAAUCGCACAAUCACUUUCACACUUAGUCAUAUUUUAAACUUUCCUGUACAACCAAAUUGACAUAUUUUGUUUGUUCUGCAAGUAUUAAGGUAAACGGCUCUUUUCAUAGUACUCUUCAAGUUUGUUUAGCUGUUAUAUUUAGAUUAUGUAUGAGGACUUCUUACCCGCCAUGGUUCACUUCUUGGAAUUAGUUACGCAGCACUUAAACACUUGUGGGUGGAAAGAAAUAUGAUUAAAAUAUUUCAUCUGAAGGAUAAGAAUCUUGCUUCAUAUUAAUUAAUAUUUGGUUGAGUGCUCAGUGCUUACUUGCUUUUCCACAUAGUACACCAAUUUAUUAUUACUAUGUUUUAUUUUUUCCAAACAAAUUUCUUUUGUUGUCUUUCCUUUUCAGUCUUAUUACAUUUUAUAUAAUUAUUUGUUCACCUUCAUGCCUUUUCUUCUUUGUCUUUCUUAUAUUAUAUUUAUUUUGUUGACUCUUGAAUAUAAGGAAAAAAGGACAAAAGCCUUUUUUCUCCCGUUUUCUUUCCACUCGCUGGCGUAGGAAGGUAUUGCCAUUGCAGCCGUAACAUGCAUCAGGCUCUGCCCAGCAUACAUAGAGCUGCUUUUGCGAUGUCUCCUACUGUGGGUGGCAUUCACAAGUGGCGUGGGUGCAGGUAUGACUUGGGUUCCUGUAAUAUAAUGAGAGCUAUGUUUGUCCUUGCUAUACCUCUGCCCCGCCAAUCGUGUCAAUGCCAUGGUAAGGGUUCCAUUGUUCCAAGGUAUCCUCAACUGGCCCAUAAUGUUAUCAACAAUAUUUAACUCCUAUUUGGUUUCAAGAUACAUAGCUGUUGUUAUAAAUGAUUGAAAUCAUUGAGAUGAAUUAUUACCUCUAUUACAGUUUCUGAAGUGAUUAAAGUGCUGUCACUUGAGCAUUUCUUGUUCUUGGAACCAAAUGGAAGUCAAAUGCUUAUGAUUUUAAAAAGUUACACACAUGUAUUGCCUGGUGGCCAUGUAGUCCAGACUGUUGUCAUUUAGCCAUUUGUUAUUGGCAACUUUGGAUGGUGGCAUUCAGGUUGGUAGCUGUAACUGGGCCACUGGGGUUUGUUCCUCGAGACAGGCACUCAUAACUUCCUCAACCCAUUUUCCAAGGUGCCUCUGUGACUUCUCCAACUUCUUAUGCCCCCUCAACCUCCUAAAACCCUAAUAGUCAAUUGGUCUUGGGUUGAUCAGUGUUUAUUCAAUUGGCCACAUCUCUUCAGAACCUAUACUAGCUCUGUUCUGGAGGGUGCCUCUGUACAACAGGCCUGGUUCAUCUGCCCAGUCUGUGUUCCCUCCUAACCCAGCGGUGCAACCACAUCAGUGUACAAAGCAUCAAUUUCGCCUAUCCUGCACCUCCCACCGUGUGCCUCGCACCGCUGUUGCUGUUGAAGGAGGGGGCCUCGCCUAAGCCACUUCGUCACUACAAUCCUUGGCCAGCCUGGAGGGGCAUCCUUCCGCAUUAUGCUUCUGCAGUAACCAGUCAGUCUUCCCGAGUCUGAGCUUGAAUACCAGAUUCAGGUCCUGGCAUUACUAUUACCACUACAAUUACCAGUCCACCACCACCACAACUACUCCACAACUAUCACAUUUGGGUACCAGCCACUGCUUUUCCUCUACUGGUUCAAGUAAUAAACAAUUUCAGGUUAA